CUGACGGUCAGGUCUCAUUCUUGAGAACACUUCCUCUAACAGAAGGUGUCUGUGUGUCGGUGUGUUCUCAUCAUGGCUCUGUGGAAGAGAAAACUUCACAUCUCCACCUGGCGCAAACAUAAAGCCGCUCCUGAGGCGGAGAAAACAGAAGUCCUCAAUGAAGAUCUCCUGCAGGUGGAGAAGCGUCUGGAACUUGUUAAGCAGGUUUCUCACAGCACACACAAGAAGUUGACCGCAUGUCUGCAGGGUCAGCAGGGUGUAGAAGUGGACAAGAGGUCCGUCAGGUCACCUUCAAAGAAGCUUCCUCUGACAUCAUUGGCUCAGUGUUUGGUGGAUGGUGCGCUGGUGUUGGGUGAUGAUUCUCUACUGGGGAAGAUGCUGAAGAUCUGUGGAGAGACGCAGGACAGACUCGCUCAAGAACUUCUGCUCUUUGAGCUUCAAACAGAGCAUGAUGUCAUUGAACCGCUCUACACACUCGCUGAGAUUGAAAUUCCCAACAUUCAAAAGCAAAGAAAACAUUUAGCAAAACUGGUACUGGACAUGGAUUCUGCUCGCACACGGUGGCACCAGUCAUCUAAAUCUUCUACUUUGCCCAAUAAAGAAACAUCAACCGGGGCCAAAGGCGAUGCUCUCAGAGAGGAGAUGGAGGAGGCGGGCAAUCGUGUGGAGAUCUGUCGGGAUCAGCUCUCAGCAGACAUGUACAGUUUCAUGGCCAAAGAAAUUGAUUACGCUAACUACUUCCAAACGUUGAUAGAAGUUCAGGCUGAGUACCACAGGAAAUCUUUAGAGUUGCUCCAGAAUGUUAUACCACAGAUUAAAGCUCACCAGGAGUCAUGGGUGGAGAAGCCGUGUUACGGGAAACCUCUGGAGGAACAUCUGUCUCUGAGCGGGAGAGAAAUCGCAUUUCCCAUUGAAGCGUGUGUGACCAUGCUGCUGGACUGCGGCCUACAGGAGGAGGGUCUGUUCCGAGUGGCUCCAUCUGCAUCUAAACUGAAGAAGCUGAAGGCGUCGUUGGAUUGUGGCAUUCUGGAUUUUCAGGAAUGUUCUGCGGAUCCUCACGCCAUCGCCGGUGCUCUGAAGUCAUACCUGCGCGAGCUGCCUGAACCUCUGCUGACCUUUGACCUGUAUGACGAGUGGAUACAAGCCACGAAUAUCGCAGAUCAGGACAAACGUCUGCAGGCGUUAUUAAACACAUGCGAGAAACUGCCCAAAGCCAACAGUGACAACUUUAAGUAUUUGAUCAAAUUUCUUGCCAAGCUGAACGAGUAUCAGGAUGAUAAUAAGAUGACGCCGGGGAACAUGGCGAUAGUGCUGGGGCCCAAUCUGCUGUGGGCGAACACUGAGGGGAAUAUUACAGAGAUCAUGACCACGGUCUCACUGCAGAUCGUCGGCAUCAUCGAGCCGAUCAUUCAGCACGCCGACUGGUUCUUCCCUGGAGAGGUUGAAUUUAACGUGACGGGUAACUACGGCAGCCCCGUCCACACCAAUCACAACGCUAACUACAGCUCCAUGCCUUCCCCUGACAUGGACCAAUCGGAACGCAAGACGCAGGAUCAGAGCAGACGACCCCUCAGCGUUGCCACGGAUAACAUGAUGCUGGAGUUCUACAAGAAAGAUGGCAUCAGGAAGAUUCAAAGUAUGGGAGUGCGAGUCAUGGAUACGUCCUGGGUGUCUCGGAGAGGUUCCUCAUCGUCACGUAAGAGUUCGUCGACUCCGCCCAGCGUCCAGCCGCCCGCGCCGCCCUUCGAUUCGCUGAACCCUGAGCAGCCGGUCGAUCUCUCCACCUCCCCCUCCCAGACUCCGCCCCCCAUCAGCGGCGACAGAACGAGCUCUGAUGACGCGUCGUCCAAUUGGUCGGAUUCCUGUUACGCCUGCCCCUCCCCCGAGGAGGAAAGGCCUCCCCCUCCGUACCCGUUUUCUUUCUCCUAUUCGUUUUCUCACCCCUCGCCCCACCCUCGAGCGCAGUCCUGCGCGCGUCCCGUCGCUCCUGUGCCCGAAUCCGUCACGCCCGCGCCGUCUCCUCCCCCCCUGUCCGCCCGCUGGUCCGUUCACACCCUCCCUCCAGUCCUUCCGGCCUCCGGCUCUCUGGACAUCAACUCUAAUCCUAAACCCAGUUUCCUGCACCUGUCCAGACAGGGCUCGGUCCCCGCAGACCCCUCGCAUGCGCCGCACGCCGACUCUACCCCCCCGCCCGUUUACAUCAAACCCCCGCUUGUUCUGCCCCGUCAUGACUCCCCCCACCCUAACUUUACCCCUCACGCUGCUUCUCCACCAUGGGCCGCCUGCGUCAGUGUCCGAGAGAGAGGACUCAGAGUGCCUAGUUCUCCAAAGACUAGAGAACCUUCACCUGUGAUUGGUCAGAGAGGAAUUUCACCUACGACUCCAUCAUCUGGACAGAUGCAGUUAUCAGAUCAGAGUCCACACGCACUGCGUAAAGUUUCCAAAAAAUUAGCCCCCAUCCCUCCGAAGGGGCCAUAUUCUCCAUCUGGCUGCGUGUCGGACAUUUCUCCGGGUCCCUCGCCCGUCAGCCUGUCCCCGACGCCUCCCAGCACUCCCUCUUCAUACGGCUUCAGUUACCCGCAGGGCGGCUCCGCCGUCACCUCACCCGGACACGCCCACAGCCAGACGCCCAGCAGCCCCUCUCUCUCCUCGCCCCCUCCCCUCGCAGGCACCCUUCCCAAAUCCCGACCCACCCCUAAACCACCCCGUCAGAGACCCAACCUGCCUCCUCCACGGCCUCCGUCGGGUACAUCGGGUCUGAGUCCACAGCCGCCGGAUCACGCCGCGGGUCUGCUGGACGGAUUAGCGCCCGAGAGCAUGUCUACAGACUCACUGUGCGAUCUGGAUGUUCCCGUGAUAAACGUCGAGCUGGGUGAAAUUCUGGAUGAAUGCUCGUGGAACUCUGAGCUUCUGUUGGACCCCAGCGGUCGAGUGGAAUCAGAAGAGGAGUCAGAAAGCACGGCCCUAUGACGUGUCUCUACCCACAAUCCUUUGCUCCUGCUCUUCAUUGUGCUGAGAACAUUCCUGACUGGAAAUCCCAUGACAACACUAAACUACGUCAACACGUCAUUCUACAUUACUGCGCUGUUGUGGUCCUGUCGUCUUGGUUUGGUUUUGUUUCGUUGCCUUAUCUGAGUUUUGCACUUUGGCCUUGAAGUCCGUAUAGCAUCUCGACGUGUUCUGAUGUUUGUGAACCACAGGUCUGCGCUUUUUAUUGUUGCUCUGUACACACAUGCAUGAUGGACGUCUUUGUUGACAUUCAUUUUUUACAGCGUCGUGUCACAAGCAUUGUGUUUUUAAGGGGAUUUUAGUAGGUUUAUUAUGAAACGUCUCAUGGUACUGACCAGUGGAAGGUGUUGUACUGCGGUACCAUUGCCCUCACGAAAAUUAACCAUGGUUUUUUUUUGUGGUACAAGUGUAGUAACCAUGUUUUUUUUUUGUGGUACAAGUGUAGUAACCAUGGUUUUUUGGUGCAUUGAUUACUUAGGGCAAAACCAUGGUUUUACUACAGUAACCAUGUUUUUUAGGUUUUAACUGUAGUAAAACCAUGGUCAGUGUUCGUGAGGGUGAAAAUACUAUAGUAAGAUUACUGCAGUGACACUGAAUGAAUGCUGGAACAUGUGUAGUUACAUCAAGCCUUGAUAGAUUAAAGAGAACAGAAAAUAUAACAAAACACAAAGAACGUGAAGGUUUGUAUGUGGACGGAGAGCAGAAAACUGUGAGUUUGAAUGUGUUUUAUAAUUUCACACGGAUGUCGUGUGGGGGUCUGGGGUUCUUUUUGAUCUUCUGUGUCAUUCAGGAUUUCAUCGUUUAAAAGAGAUUACGCUCAUGAACAGCAAUUUCUGUCGGAAGUAAUAAUUCCUCGAUUCACUUGACCAUAAAACACAUGCUAUACACAUGUCCAGGAAUGUUUUAUUUGUGUGUUUUCCGGACCCGGCCAUCACAAUUUUCACAUUUUCAUGCAUGAAUUUUUCAUUUACAAAGGAGUAAAAUCUUUGCAAUGGGUUGAAUUACUGUAGCGUAGUGUGCAUCAUGCUGCAGAGGGGUUUAAGUUUCAUGAUUUUGUUUUUUAUGUUUUUCACGGGCCGUCACUGACGUUACGUGUCAUAAAGUGCUGUAAGUAUUAGCAACUCCAGACGUCACGCAUCCGGUCAGACGUGUAUAUAGUCUAUAGAGAAACAAGAUCAAAUAUUUGUGAAGGCAGACAUUUAUGAAUUCUUCUCUCUCUCUCUAUAAAUAUACAGACAUGUUAUUUUUGCUUCAGACGCAAUACUGGUACAUGUACAUAAACGAAUAUAAAUAUGCUGCGGUUCUCAUGAAAGGAUGUUUGAAGAGUCGUUCAGAGAACAGAAUUGCGACAGAGAUUAAACAACGAAGAAGUCACAAGUUUACCUCGUAUGGUCUGAUUGUUGUGUUAACUUAUUCAGACCGAACAUUAUUUCUGUGAGUCUGUUAUUUAUUCUUUAAAGUCAACAUGAAACUCACAGCGGUCAUUUAACAAUAUAGUCAUGACAUUCGGUGAGUAAACCUCUUAUUUCACGUUGACUUUAAAAAAGUGCGCAUGUGCGUGUGUGUUUGAAUAAUUGUCAUUUGUGGUUUGUCUGAUAUAAAACAUGACUUCAGGUGUUCAGUAAGAUGUUGGUUUAAUAGAUCAGGGUAACUUAACUGUGUGGAAAUGAUGCCGAACCAAAAUGUUAAAACUCCAUCUUUUGCUUUACAUUUAUGAUCAGAGCAGAUCUGUCAGGGCGAUGAACUGUCGUGUAUCUGCGAAGCCGAAUGUUCUUGUGUUUUGCACACGCAUGUGAAAGAGAGAAAUCCGCGUUUCAGCAGGUAUGAAAACUGAUUUACAGCAACAUCAGGCGAAAUCUGCAGACUUUGUUUUCUGUGCUGUUUCUGAGUGAAAAUCUGAGAUGUCCGAAAUGUUCUCGCACAGGCCGAGGAGCAGAUACUGUAGAUUCUGUGUGUGUGUGUUGGGUGUAAAUCUGGAUUAUUGUCACGUGGAUCUGAUGAAUCUCAUCUCUGUAAACCUGCUGCAUGCUUUGCUUUCAUUCCUUAUAAUGUAUCUCGAUUUCAAUCCCUUUAUCAAUGCUGUCGUAGUUUGUCGAACGAAAAGGAUAAAUAGACACUAUAGCAACAAAAAUAUCAGCUGCUUAUGAAAAUAACGCUUACGUUUCCUGUAGUGAGACACAACAACACUACAGCCGAUGGCAUGCCACACCCACAGAUUGUCCGUUCACACUGACAGUGAUUUGAUCUGGACAUAAGAGUCCGUGUCAGUGUAAACGGCUCUCGAGAAUUCACUUCACAUUAAAGUCAACGCUGUCGUUUUACAGCCGCCACACGAAGCUCUGGAGCGUUUCAGUAAGACGUAUUAAUCUCACCGUCUCGUGCAUAUAUGAAAUAUUUAACGAGACACAACUGGAAACCCACCGUGUGUAUAUUAGUGUGGUGGGGUGUAAAGUCAUGCAUGCACUUCUGAAGGGGUUGCAGUUUCGCUUGGGAGUCUUUGACUCGUGUCGUUGUUUUUACGGGGAGGUUCUGUGUGUAAAAUGUGUUUUAAAUGGAAAACUGGAAUAGUUUGAGAUGUGAUGCUCAAAGACUCAUGAAGUAUAAAGAACAACAUCGGAAUGUGAUCUGAAUUAAAAAAGCAUUUUCAUUUACUUCUGUUUGUACAUGUAAUUUAUUUCUUUUAGGAUUUUUUUUACAUUUUUACUCUGCAAUGUGAAACAAGAUUUGAUUUCAUCCGUCAUUCUGUGUCUGGUCAUUCAGAGAAUGUGAAGAAUGUUCCGCUGCAGGCCACACAGAUUCUGUCAAAAUAAAAGUCGAAAAGAUCAGAA